AUGGUCAAAACCGACAGAGAUCAGAAUCCCCUAGAUCCCAAUUACGAAAAGCGACGCAGCUCUCUCGGGAAUAUGGAGGGUCAACGGCAAGACCAAUCCAAUGUCAAGCAGGAGGACCUCAUGGUGGACAGAGAAGUUGCCCCAUCUUCCCGUGCAAUGUGCUCGGAACUCGCACAUAAACAUGCCGUUCAAGGUCUCCACGAGAACACAGAGCGCCGUUCUUCGCAAGAGGUAGAUCACAAUUCCUUCCUCUCUGAUCUAAGUACCGACCGGGGGCUCCAAGAGCACCCCGAACAACUUGGAGAGUAA